CCCCCACCUCGCUCUCUCCCCAUCUCUCGCUCCGUCCCGUUCCCCCCCUGCCCCCGCCUCUCCCCGCCCCGCCGCCGCCGGCCCUGGCAGAGCAGGCACGGCACGGCGGGGGGAUCUCGAUGUAACACCAUGACAGGCAUCGCCGCCGCCUCCUUCUUCUCCAACGCCUGCAGGUUCGGGGGCUGCGGGCUGCACUUCCCGACCCUGGCGGAGCUCAUCGAGCACAUCGAGGACAACCACAUCGAUACAGACCCACGUGUAUUAGAGAAACAGGAACUUCAGCAGCCAACCUAUGUUGCUCUAAGUUACAUUAACAGGUUUAUGACUGAUGCUGCUCGACGUGAGCAGGAGUCUUUAAAGAAGAAGAUUCAGCCGAAACUCUCUUUGACUUUGUCAAGCACAGUGUCCCGUGGGAAUGUAUCUACUCCACCUCGCCACAGCAGUGGAAGCCUUACUCCUCCCGUCACCCCUCCAAUCACUCCUUCCUCUUCGUUUCGUAGCAGUACUCCAACAGGUAGUGAAUAUGAUGAGGAGGAAGUAGACUAUGAAGAAUCAGACAGUGAUGAGUCCUGGACUACAGAAAGUGCUAUCAGCUCUGAAGCUAUCCUUAGUUCAAUGUGCAUGAAUGGAGGGGAUGAAAAACCUUUCGCCUGUCCUGUUCCUGGAUGUAAAAAAAGAUAUAAGAAUGUGAAUGGCAUCAAGUACCACGCCAAGAACGGCCACAGAACACAGAUCCGCGUACGCAAACCCUUCAAGUGUCGCUGCGGAAAGAGUUACAAGACAGCUCAGGGCCUGCGGCACCACACAAUCAAUUUCCACCCCCCCGUGUCUGCUGAGAUUAUCAGGAAGAUGCAGCAAUAACAUGCUGGUCACAAACGUGCCAAGAAAUCCUCACCAGCAGUUGCUGAUUUUGAGAACAGCCACCUUUUGCAGGGGAAGCAUUCAGCAACCCUUUAAACAAUUAAAUGCAUGCUUUAAAAUUUUCUGUAAUUUUGGAAUGAUGUAUCUUUGUAGAGUUAAUGAUUUUGUACAUUUGCACAUGUAAUCAUCGUACCCAUUUUCAUUACUUCGAGAUAAGGUGCUAUAAAAAGCUAAUAGAUUCUUCAGAACAUUUGGUUUCUUUCUCUCCCAAACAAAAGAAGGAGGGGGCGUGGCGUAUUCAGUCGUGCGGCAGCGUUGAAUAGGAGUAAGAGGAGGAGAGCUUGGCACUGACAUCCUCUCAAGAUUGUAGCAUGACGGAGACUCUCGAUGCAUCUGUCCGUGUGCGUGCAAAACCAAACCGAGACCACCGUUAUCAAACCAUAGCUGACAUGCCUUACGUGUGGAGUUGUCGGUGGAGUAGCAAGUCUUAUAGGUAACGGAAAUAUAAAUAAGAAAGAAUGUUUAACAUAAUAUGCUAAAAAUAUUUUCAUACUUAAAUAACAUACAUAAAAAGGUGUGCUUGCUGUAUUUUAUAUUCUCUUGCAAAUCCCUCCCCCCCCCUUCCCCUUUUGAAAUGCUGAAAAUCUUGCCAUUUGAACUAGUAAACAAUCACGUUAGUGUUAGAAACCCGCUUCUUUUUUGUACGAGAUGUCGUAUUACACUCAUGCCCAUCAGACUUCGGAGGACCAACAUCCCAGUCCAACUCAGUAGUUACCCCUGAAGUAUCUCUUAGAAAGACGCUCGGAAAUACUUAAGUGCAAAUUUAUGUGUGUGUGAGAAAAAAGAGUUAUCUUCAUCUCGGAUGAAGUUCUAAAGCACUUUGUAGUUCUCUAUUGCCAACAGAUUUAAUGUUUUAUGUUGUUGCCAAUUCUUGCAACUGCCGUACUGGCGUGUGCCUGUGGUUGCAAAUAAAAAUCAAGGAUUCUGCGCA